AUGUCGGAUUCCGACUCUUCUUCGUCCUUAUCCUCGGUCGUCUCGACGGCCGACGAGUCUAUCGCGGAAUCCGUCAACCGCAGCGCGGGAAUCACCAAAUAUUUCAAAAAGGCAGAGAAGCCAGCUCCCGCACCACCAUCCCCCAAACGACCCCCGUCACCUCCCCAUGAAUACGUUCUAGCUGAUAAUCCUAAUAUUGCCUUCCUGGUGAUGUUCCGCUCGAGAUUCACAGAUGUGUUUCCCAAGUCGCUGCCGCAUUACGGACCGCAAGAUAUUGAAAAGGGUGUUGUUGAGCCUACGCCUGGCGACCAGGUUGAGCGCCUUCUUUGUGCUCUGCUUAGUCUUGUACUUAACCGGAAGAAAGACGUCGAGAGAGGUCACUAUCAACGCGCCCUUGAGGAAGCUAUACAAACUCAUCAGUCGCAAUGGCCAAAGGCAUGGCAAGAGAAGAGUCCUUUUGCGAAUGGAGGUGGUUAUAUGACAAUGACUCCAGAGGAAAGGAUCCAAUUGCUUUCGACAUUGGCCCUUUGGGCCCUCUCCUCCUCCGAUUCUGUCCAGGCGAAACUCAAAGAAUCCUACAAACAGUCCAGACACGAUGGGGACAAGAACCAACCGCUGUCCGUUCAGCCUUGGGGAUCAGAUACCCUUAAAAGGCGAUACUGGCUCAUAGAAGGCUUAGAUGACACACACUUCCGACUCUACAGAGAAAGCAACCCAGCUUUGAAGACAAACACCUGGUGGAGUGUAGCUGGCACAAUACCUGAAUUACGAAGUGUCGCUGAGUCGCUAGCAACGGAGAAGUCCCGUGCGUCUCGAGAGCUCAGUCAGAAAAUACUCAACAGCAUCCCACGAUUUGAGAACUCAGAAGAGAAACGCAAACGACGGGACUACCGAAUCGCGCGGAAAGCUGCAUUCGCCCGUCCUGAACCCGGCUUCUCUCUUUACGAGGGUCGAACUCGUGGAAAGAGAAUCAAGUACACAUUCUCUGACGACGAUGAUUUCUCAUCGGGCGCCUUCCCGUCUAGAAGAUCUACUCGUAAUCAAUCACGCGCUUCAUCACCUCCGGAAAAUGCUGGCCCUACUUUCACCGCCUCUGGCCGCCAGGUCAAGUCCAGAGUAGGUGGCAUUUACGGCCAGACCGUCCUUGGCAAAAGGUCUCACGAAGCUACUGACGACGAGCCGUCGAACAACCCUGCUGGCGGGGGGAACGGUAUGGAAUACGGCAGGUCACGCAGAAGCAGGCGUGGCCUUCAAAGUAAUGGCUGGGACGGCCUAACGCCCAGCGACGAAGAUAAUAAUACAGAAGGCGACGACGAGGCCUCGAGCGGUAAUGACUGGGAUGAAGACGCUGCUGACGACGAAGACGAGGAUGAGGCUGGGCUAAGCGAUGCAGACUCCUUCACAGCGGAUCUCCAGCUGGAUAGAAACAGAAGUUUGAUUGUUAAACUGAAAUAUGGCAAAGGGAAUGCAGCUAAGACACCCCAGCCAGAGCCCGCGCUGCUUGAACCAUUAAAGGAAGAACUGCUGCACAAUGGCAACCCGCCUACAAGCACAUCUACAGUGAUCCCUAUAAAUGGCCAUAUCUUGAACACUACUAGUGAACCCGCAAAGGAACCCGCAAAGGAGCCUCGUAUAGCUAUUGAGGUGCCACUCAAGCCAGAAGUCCCAAAUGACGCCCCUCCCCUUAAGCAGGAGACUUAUACCCCUACUAUUCCCGAAAAGCAAGAGCCUCAAGUCCAACCACCUACAUAUAACGGACUUGUCUAA